AUGAAGCAGCCUGUAGUAGCUAGAGUCAUCGAGUUUCUCAUCAAGCUCAUCAUGGCGAAUACGAAUAAUAUACUCGCGGCAUUCGCCAUCGUCUUCCUGACCUGUUUAUCUUUAAGUUCGGCUUUCGUAAAGCAUGACUUGGAUAUUCCUAAUGCCUUGAAGAAGCAUGAGACACAAACAUUUCUUCGGGAAAAGAGAGAAAAGGAAGCAGAAGCGGAAUAUUUCAACAACAAUAAUCCUUUAGAAUUGGAGGAAGAAGUAUCGGAGCCAACAUUCGUGGCGUACGAUAAAAGAGAAGCGAUCGGAGAAGAGGCAAAAGAGAGAGGUCAGAAGGACGAUGAGAAGAACGAAGAACAAGAGAAACCGAACACGCGUAAAACAACAUCGAAGAGCAACAACGUCGAAGAGGAAGAAGAAGGUGCUAAGGAUGAUGUAUUCUCGUACAGAGAUAUGCAUGAUCUCAUCCAAGCAUUGAUUCUCGCGGAUAAGGAAGACAUUGCUGAAAGAUUGCAACAAUUGCGAGAAGCAGAGAAUGCUACGAAAUUCGAGAUAUCGAGCAAUUUACCAAAGCGUCAAGCGAUCGCAUCUGCAGCUGCAGCCGCAGCCGCAGCCGCAUCCAGCGCGUCCAGCGAUCUUCUUGGGACCGAUUUGUGGGAUGUCGUUCCUCUGACCGAUCUGGAUGCUCACUCUUGUGAAGUCGAGGCCUUCUCACACGGUCACUCGCAUGUGUCGGGUACGAUCGUGCAUGAGUUUUCCUGCGAAUUGAGGAAGCUCUGGCACUAUGGUUUGAUCGUUCUGAGAAACUUCAAGUCCGAGCUUAGUUUGGGACCGUUGAUAGCUGGGGAGGUUGUUACCGAUGGCAUUUUCGGCCAUUUGUUUCAUCACACGUCACAUCUUCUCCAUGCCGUCAUUAGAGAGCCUCAUCAUCUGUUGAUCUUGCCCGAUAUAAUCCAGGACGCUGUACCUUUCCCCAGCAUCACCGGUGCCAUUCAUCGACUCAAACACGUUUUCUUUAAGGUGCUGGACUUUGUGUGUGAUCUCGUUCGCGGACAUGUCUCUCAUAUUUUUCGACACUUGUUCUCUCAUCUUCAUCAUCAUCAUCAUCACCUGGGGGUGCGUUUACGAGAAAAGCUGCAUCAUUUGAAAGGAUUCGGCUCGAUCCUGCCAUUGGAGGAAAUGAUCGCGGAACCAAUCCUACCUACAGCGGCAUCCGCGACAAUGGCAACAGCGACAGCGACAGCGACCGCCUCUAGCGAUGGCCCAAUUAUAGUCUCGGAUUACCAAAGAUCAUUGGCGGAAGUACUGUCUUCGUUCCGCGGUUUCUACGACGGCUACCACGCAUCUGGAUUACCCCACUUGAUCAGGACCGGUGCGAGGAGUUUCUUCACGUCUCCGAUAUAUUCCAGAAUGAGUUCGUAUUUGCCCUUCUUUAAUCAUUUCGGAUGCGGACCGAUCCAAGAGGCUACGACAACCACAUCCACGGUAACCACAUCCAGCGCAUCCGCCGCGUCCAGCGCAUCGAGCUCCGUUGGUAUCGAUAGUGGUUCGAUAGUAGGCCCGAUAGUAAGCCCGAUAGCACCCAUCGUCGCACCUGUUGAAUCCGAAAUUGCGAGCUCCUCGACAGCGUCCGCCACCGCCACUGCCACCGCUACUGUCGCCGAAACGCCGCAGCCAGUGAUUUCCGCUGGACCGACGAUAGUCCCCUUGACGACAAUUCCUUACGAGUCGACCUCUUCGACGGCUGCAGCCGCGACGGCAACGGCAACGGCAACGGCGGCAACGGCGGCAGCAUCGCCGGUAAUCGAAUCAUCGAGUUAUCAGACUGUUCCGCAAGUGUACGCCCCGAUCGUGGUCGAGGAGAUCGCGGUGCCUGCCGUCCUUGAGAGUAACGCGGUGGCGGCCACUUCCGCGGCUGCGUCCGCGGCUGCGUCCACGGCUGCAUCCGCAGCGGCAACUUCUUCAGCCGCGAACGUAGUCCCGAAUCCGAUUGUCGAACGGACAAUGCCGCUUGUUUCGCCGUUACGCAGACACAGACUCAGACCGGGUUUGUCCACUGUCGCACCGGCGGCCGCAACCGCUGCCGCAGCCGCGGCUGCGACCGCGAGUGCGUCCGCCUCCUCCACGCAGAGCGGCGAUGGCUCUUUGCUCGAGCCUGCUCGAUAUCGAGGACUUGAUCUGGACAUUGAUCGUCGGAUCAGGUAUCCGUCGAUCCGUCCGCGAGUUAGCCACGUCGUCACGGUUCCAUCAUCCAUUGCCUCAUCAGCCGCGGCGGCCUCCGCUUCCGCUGGCUCGCAGGCGUCCUCCGCCGUGGCCAGCAGUUCAGCCAGCACCGUUUCUUCGGAUGGCUUCAACCUCGUUUUACCCAGAGAACAGAUAGUUGGCGCUCUGGGUUAUGACUACUUACUGCCGGGCGACGUCAUCUCGGUCACCCUGAGAAACAAAUCGAUCCUGUUCGGCCGCGUGUUGGACACCACUAGCCCGAUCACAUUUACUUUUCUCAGACCGAAGGUACGCGCCUCUCUGCUCCGCCACGGUGGACGGGUUUGGAAUCUUCUGCCCAGAGACUUCAAGGAUCCCGAAUGCGUCCGAAAGUUCAACAACCCUCUACUCCUACGUUACGGUCUUUAGAAACAGCGUAUCUUUGUGACUAGUCUUAAAUUAUUGUCAGUCGAUAUGUAUCGAACGAUUGUCCGAUGUACCGAUCGAUCGUGAAUAAAAAUGUGU